CUUCGUUAACGUGAAAUAAUCGUUUCAAGGGUACCCACAAUUUACAGUAAACCGUAUAGGUACUAGUUGUAGGUAAGUAUGUAGUAUAAGGUCUAUGCGGUAAACAGUCGUACUACGCUACCUGCCCAACCUAUAUAACUGAUGAUUAUUUAUUUAUUUAAAUUAUUUUUUUGCUCAACCUACUCAACCCAUGGCGAUAUAACGAGACGAGGCCAGUGCGUCCCGCCAAUAUCUUAUUCAAAUUUACAAAUUAUUUAAGUACUUAUUGUAAUAAAUUAUUUGUUUAGGAUAUUGGUGCCUCAGAAGCACGUCUACGAGACCUGUAAGGCUGUAAAUAUAUAAAGGGGAAUUAUUGGCUAUCGCUAUAGCUUGAAAAAUGUUAUUAAUCGAUAGAUUAAACAGAUUUGAGGAACGACAAACAAUUAAUAGAAACACUGGCCUUCGAAAAGUUUUUACAUGCGAAUAUUCCACUUAAUUAUCCUGAAAUAUCAUUUCAAAUGUAUAAUGACUUAACAAAUAUAGACAGAUUAUAAUAUUUGCAAAAGUAUUAAAUAUAAUAAAACUACAGGUCCACGGGUCCAAAAAUGUGUAAACACGCGAUUAGUUUGUCUAUAAAUAUGAGGUUGUAUCAAAUUUUCGUACAGUUACUCGUACACUUAAUACUAGUAAGCUUUUUGAACGUUUGCAAAAAUGGCAUUCAAUAUACACAUAUCUGGACCAAAAGUGAUUAUGCAUAAUAAAACAAUAGCAGAAAUGUUCGUGGAUCAAUUGAAUAACAACGAAGGUCUUUUUGGUAUCGACUGUUCUACCGGUAAAGAGUACGGUUAUCCAAAUUUGAAAAAAGACGUUUUGGCAAUGGCUACUGCAUUUAAAAAACAUGAUUUUGGACACGGAGACGUCGUGAUGAUUACGGACUAUGGCUCGUACGAAGCGCAAGUAGUUCUGUUAGCUGGGAUUUUGAUCGGAGCAACUAUAGCUGCGUUGGAUCACAACUUAAGAAAAAGUGUCUUGAUAGCGCUCAUUGACGAGUCCAAGCCAAGCGUAUUAUUUUGUAAUACACUUAGUAUAAGUACAAUAACAGAUGUUUUAAAUAAUAUUACGCAUCAACCGAUACUGAAGAUUUCUACCAUGGUUCGUGACGGCUUUACUACAUAUUCGAGUAUCGUUGUUGCGGCGGAAGAAAUUUUGUAUGUCCGUCCGAUAAAAUCAAAAAAUCCAAUAGGUCCAUGUGCUAUUAUAUAUUCGAGUGGUACUACAGGAACCCCGAAAGGAAUUUAUUUGUCUGAUGACGCCAUGAAAUCAGCUUUAAUAUCAUUCAAGCAGUCAUUAAUGGAAGAACCUAUUGAAAAUAAAUUUAUGAUCACUUCUCCUAUAUUUUGGUACACGGGAAUUUUAUUAAUGAUGCUCGGUAUUCAUUUUGGCAAACCAAGACUAUUUUUCUCGACAAAAUCAACCACUGAACAAAUACUUGGUUCAAUAGAAAAAUUUAAACCAACAUUUAUGAUGACUGGUGUAGCUACAAUCAAUGAAAUGAUGUCCUGUCAAAUGGCAAAUGGCCACAAGUUUAAUAUACAGAGUUUAAGGACAUGCGUAGUUGGUGGAUCUUCGAUGCGAGCAGAUCUACAAAAGACAGUAGUAAACAAUUUACUACAGGGAAGGAUACCGAUUAAACAAGGGUACGGUGCAUCUGAACAAGGUAUUAUAGCGGUUUGGUCGAUGGAUUCGGAUAUAGAUACCGUCAGAGACGGAUCUGUCGGGAGACCAGCAGCUGGUAUAAAAAUCAAAGUCGUUAGCUUGGAAACUGGCGAAUGUGUUGGCCCAAAUACUGAAGGCGAAAUUCGUAUUAAAUCGGUGUCCAACAUGAUGGGAUAUGUCAAUGACAUGAAAAAAACGAUUUGUUCGUACGACGAGGACGGUUGGUUCAGGAGCGGUGAUAUUGGAUACUAUACGGACGAUUGCUGUUUGUUCAUUGUCGGUCGAAUUAAAGAGAUGAUGAUUUACAAAGACCAGAGGAUCGCUCCAAUCGACAUAGAAACCGUAUUGUUAAGUCAUCCUGCCGUACUCGAUGCCGGAGUGACGGGAAAAUACAGUAUUCACGGAGAUUUGUUGAUAGGAGUUGUCAAAGUCAAAUCUGGUCAAAAUGUCGCACCCGACGUACUCGUAUCGUAUGUCAAUGAUAGAGUGAAAGACUACGAGAGACUGCGUGGCGGUAUUAUAUUCGUAGACGACGUGCCUAGAUCUCCAGCCGGUAAAUUGAAACGAGAAGAACUUCUUAAGCUCGUACAAUAAUUGUAUUUACAUAUAAUUCAUUAUUAUUAAUAAAAAAAACAUAACAGUAUAA